AUGGUAUCAACAUGUAUCAUAUCUAAUGAGUGUAGUGCUAGUUUAUCGAUUCAUGGCGCGUCGUCGCAGGUGUCACUUAUCGGGCUGCUCGAGGUGAAGGGGACGGCGUACACGCACGGCGACGAGGUGAAGCAGGAUGAGCACGACACGCUGGUGUCGGAGAACACCAUCACCGUGUACCACGACCACUACAUCACGUACCACAUGGACCUCGACGUCGACGGCAUGAACAACUCCUUCGUCAAGAGCACCGUCACCGCCAUCCGCGACAUCGACUGUGACACGCUGAGGAGGAGCUACUGGACGGUACGCGAGGUGGCAGAGAGGGAGGCGGACGGAAAGGUAGACCUCGGUGCUAGUGGACCACCGACCGACCUGGUGUUCGUCAAACUAGGUAAGAAGACGAGGAUGGGGAACGAAGUCGGGUAUCAGAUCGUCCCGGCCAGUGCAACGGCGGCGUCCGUGCUGGACGACGACAACUUCCCGCAGAGGCGCACCACCUACUGCAAGAAGCAGGUGCAGGUGACGCCGAACAACAGGUCAGAGAAGUGGGCGUCGAGGCUGUACGCCGACCAGAGCACUGGCGAUGAUGGGCUCGCCGCGUGGAGCGAGCGGAAUAGGGCGAUUAGAACUUCACCGAAAAAGGUGACUAUCAAGUCUGCAUUUUUCACUGACCCGACGGUUGAACAUAAGGUUGAAGCUUGA